UUUGGAUCCGGGUCAGUCAGGCGCGGCGAUUGGGCAACAGACGAUCUGAAAUGAUGCCACCGGGUCACCGGAACGCAUCAGCUGCGAAGAGCAUUAACGGAAACAUCCAUAGUAGUGUAGAAACUUUCACAAUGAAAUCUGAAGCCAAGGACAGAGAGAAGGAGAGUCUACAAACUGCUUUCAAGAAGUUAAGAGUGGAUGCAUCUGGGUCCAUAGCAUCUCUGGCUGUUGGAGAAGGCACAAGUGUUAGAACAUCAGUCAGAACAACUACAGAUGAUACCAAGCUGAAAACUAUAUGUGCAUCUAAAGACAGUUGGCAUGGGUCUACAAGGAAGUCUUCAUGGGGAGCAGCGAGAACCCAGCGUUGUCGACGUUCUAAGUCUCCUGUCCUUCAUUCUCCAAAGUUUAUACAUUGUAGUAUAAUAGCUUCUUCUUCCAGCAACCAGCUAAAGCACAAAAGCCAGACUGAUUCCCUUGAUGGCAGCAGUGGGCUGGGAAUUUCGACCCCUAAAGAGUUCAGUGCAGGAGAAUGUGCUGCUUCUCCUCCUGAUGCUAAUCACACAGGGGCAGUCAUUGAGCCUCUGAGAACUUCAGUUCCUGGGCUCCCAUCAGAGAAUACCAAGGAAGACUCCUUGGAUGCCACCCACGUCUCCCAAGCAAGUGUCAAGGCCAAUGAUCUCUCUGACUUUCAGUCCGUUUCCAAGUUGAACCAGGGCAAGCCAUGUGCGUGCCUGGGCCAGGAGUGCCCGUGUAAGAGAUGGCAUGGCAUGGAGGUGUACUCCUUCUCAGGCCUGCAGAAGGUCCCGCCCACGGACCCAGAACAAAGACCCACGCUUGAGGACUACUCUCAGUUGCUCCACACCAGAACUCUGUCUGGCUCGCCCUGCUCCUGUUCUGAGCAACCUCAAGUCUAUGUGGAUGAUGUGACCAUUGAGGACCUGUCAGGCUACAUGGAAUAUUACUUGUAUAGUGCCAAAAAAAUGUGCCACAUGGCAGAAAUGAUGUACACCUGAUAUCUGGAAGCUAAUCUUAUGCUUUAAACCAAUGAAGGGUUGUCAGAUUUAGCUAAUGGCAGACCUUGCAGUCACUUGGUGUGAGAAGACAUCUCCUGCUCACUGUGCUUGCAAUAAAAACAUUUCUUGGCAUCUCAGUUAACCUUCAUUCUUUAUAUUUAUUCUCUGUGUUCUUACAUAUCCACCAAGGGAAGCAGACCUUAAAAAACAGUCCUUCCUGGAAAUGUUCUUGGGGGAUGAAGACUUCUGAAUCACUUGAGACUGGCAGUGGUGGGUAUAUGGUAAAUGCCUUUGUCAAACUGCAUUUUUUUUUUUUUUUUUUCAGAUCUGUUUUAAGAGUUGGUGGCCAAGGAAAAUCAACAUGUGGUUUUGUAACUGAACUGAACAUUGUCAUGCUGUAGUUGCCAGCCCAGAAUAUUAGAAGUUAUAUGACUGAUUUAAACCAUCUCUGAUUUAAUGCAAGAUUUAUUGUCUUUAAAGGUUUCUUAUGUUAUUGUUAAGCCGGAGUUCGAAGGUUUCGAUUUAAUAUGAAUAAACUAGCUGGCCUGCC